CAACUUGGCACCCUCCUCUGCCUUUCUACCAUGGCUGCAGCUGCGCUCGGAAAUCUCAUCUCUGAUGUAGCUGGCGUAGGCCUGGCGCACUACGUCGAAGGUUUAGUGAACAAAGUCGGUAUCAAACAUCCUGUACUGACUUCAGAGCAACUUGAUAGCUCUAAGUCUCGUUGGACAACUCAUUCAUCCCGUGCAAUUGGUCUCUCAAUCGGCUGCAUUAUCGGAAUGUUCCCCUUGUUGUUCUUCGACAGAGACGAGGAGAAGGCCGAAAAAAAAAUUUCGAAGUAG